AUGACGAUAUCAGUUAAAAUUCUGGCUUCUGGAACAGCUAUCUACCAGAAGGACUUUGCGUUCUCCGACACGAUGACGUUCGAUGAGACGCUAAAGAUCAUCCACCUACGCUUCGACAUCGGAGAUUCGCUACAGUUUAUCGAACUUACCAUCCUGGACGAUAACGUUAAGGGGCCUGCCUCACUUCAAGUCGCUACCGUUAACUCCAAUGGAUUCGCAGACGUCAAGAGCAGCUCUGGGCACCACCAAAGACACUGUUUUGACGACUUGUUUGGAGACGCUGAAUACGACCAAAAGUGCGAUUUCGCAGCACCUACUGGUGCUUACCUGGGCGGAGACGACUAUAUUAUCAGUAUGAACGGUGGAUUUACUGUUCUCUGUGGACAAAAACAACUCGAACAGACUCCGAUGCGUGUUUGUACUCUUACCCAGGCACUUCAAGUACAGCUCCUGCCGUUCCGUUAG